UCCAACGCACUGCUCUGUACAAGCAAACCCUUCGUCCUCUUUGUGGCUGGCAGCUCAAUUAUUUGGAACUUCAUCUGUUGAUUUCAUCGACCUGAUCCAGUGUUGGAUACUUGGCAUCGGUGGUGUUUCUCAAUUGGAGGUCCGGAGCGUGUUUGAUCUCGUUCGGCUGGAGCCCAACUGGACGUUCUGAUAGUGAAGAGUUCAGCGAGUGAGGAAGGACGCACGCAUGGUUUACGUAGAGUCAUGGGACGAUUUUUUGGAGCGAGCCGUCGUCAUGUUUCGUGCUGAUCCCGUCGGCACUCGCUAUGUCAUGAAGUACAGGCACUGCGAUGGGAAAUUGGUACUUAAAGUGACCGACGAUCGCGGGUGCUUGAAAUUCAAGACAGAUCAAUUGCAGGAUGCCAAGAAGAUGGAAAAGAUGAACAACAUUUUUUUCACACUGAUGGCUCGAGGUCCUGAUGCCGAAUUUGUUGAAGAAGUCUCGCAGCCACCGACCCCACAACAACCAGCUAGGAAGAGUCGAGGAAGGAGGCAAUGACGCGGACAUAUAUUUCUUCAUGCCUAUGUUGGCAUGCCAGAAGUUUUGAAAAUACUAAGCUUUUCAUUGGUGAGGUUUCGUUUGAGAUCUUGAGUCAGUGUUUUGCAUGUUUGUGGCCUGCAUUUUCGUCCCUCGUCAGAACUAAUGACAAAUGAUUGCUUGGUAUAAGGAUUUGUUCUUAAAGCCCGUAUGUGGACCUAUGUGAGAUGCAUAAAUUCAACACCUUGGUGAUUCUUAGCUGAGUCCAAAUAAUCUGACUGCUCCAGUACUCUUUGAGCUGCUUUUUGUAGCGGUCACCAGUUUUCCUUUUCGGACCUAUAUUUUGAGAGCCAAAUCAGGUCUCAAAACUUUCUUUGAGCUGAUUUGGCUUUUGAACUGGAGCCAAAUCAGCUCAUGUCAGGAUCCGGUGCAGGCAUGGCAAAAGGUGGAAUAAUUUGUAAGUCACGAGCCCAAAGUCUUGUGCUAAGUUAAAUUGUGUUGACGAUUAUACAAUUCAGGCUCAUGAAGAAGGCCCGCUAUUGUCGAAAGAAGACAUUCACGCUUACACGUUCCACGAGUUUUUUCCCGCGUGAUGACACCAACUAGCUUCUUCAAAGAGUGAAGACGACAGUAUGUGUCCGUAAUGACAGAUUAUCACAUCACUAGGGGGAUCUAUCUGCAGUGCUGGUAUCCACACACUGCAGGUCCUCACAUCCAGAGAGAACAAUAACUGGAUGGUAACACAGGUCUCCGCAAAGUCUUCAGACCAUGUAUGGUCCAGAUCUUUUACGCUGAACGAUGGACUUGUGAUCAAGAGCAAUGAAAUAUUCCUUCUCUGCUCACACAUAUACAUACGUAGAUCCUAGUCUUAAUCACAAGUAACCCAAUGGCCGUUUCUGCAUUUUCAUGCCUAUGUAAACCAAAGAGUACCAGUCUCAGCGAGAAUCAUGACUGCUAAAUUCACUUCCACAUAUUUUUGGGAAUUUGCGGUUUAGUCAAGCAUGGGUGGAAUUCCCAUUCUGUGUAUGGUCACAUGGCCUUCCUUUGUGUAAUCACAUGCGCCAGUACAUGAUUGAAGCUUUACGGAAUGAAACACCUAGGACGGGGAAAGAAUAACUAGG